CUCUGCUGCUCGUUGUGUAUAUGCAUCUGUGUGUGUCAGUGUGGGUGUGUGUGUGUGUGGAAGCCUGAUGAAAUGAAAUGCCAGAAUCGGGCUACCUCCAGGGAGAGCCUCUCCGUCCUAUAAUGUGAGCCAGCCAGCAGCACUGGGAGAUCAGGGAGAAGCUGCAUCCAUCAAGCGACGGGCCUCCAGAGGACCAGGCGUGAUCCAACGGGAGGGGAGAUUUUUUUGAAAAAAUCUUCUUCUCUGCCGUGGAGAGAAGGGAUUGUCGUCAUCCCCCCAUCCAUCCUUUUUUUUCUCAGUGGUGCCCCCUCCUUCCUCCUUCGCCUCCACUCUAUUUUUUCCCCCUCAUUCUUCUAGAGGCGCUCGUUGGAAUAUCAAACCUCCAUGUAUGACAAUUUGUACCUGCAUGGAUUCGAAGACUCGGAGGCGGGCUCAGCUGAUUCAUAUACUAGCAGACCAUCAGACUCAGAUGUCUCUCUGGAGGAGGAGCGGGAGGUGCAGGCCCAGGUCCAGAGCCAGAGCCCAAGCCAGAGCCAAGGACCGGGACAGAGCCGCCAGGAGAGGGAGCAGCAGGCUGCCAUUCAACUGGAGAGAGCCAAGACUAAACCUGUAGCAUUUGCUGUAAGGACCAACGUCAGCUAUUGUGGCGCACUGGAUGAGGAUGUUCCAGUUCCAGCCACGGCCAUCUCCUUUGACGCCAAGGAUUUUCUCCACAUAAAAGAGAAGUUCAACAAUGACUGGUGGAUCGGUCGGUUAGUGAAAGAGGGCUGUGAGAUCGGCUUCAUCCCCAGCCCUCUGAAGCUCGAGAACAUCCGGCUCCAGCAGGAGCAAAAGAGAGGACGAGUCCAAGGUAAGUCUGGAGGGAACUCUUCUUCCAGUGUAGAGGAUGAGGUAUCUGCCUCGAUCCGACCCCUCAUAUCCUCGACAGGAAAGCAGAAACAGAAAGUGACAGAGCACAUCCCCCCGUAUGACGUGGUUCCCUCCAUGAGGCCUGUAGUGCUGGUGGGACCCUCACUUAAGGGUUAUGAGGUUACAGACAUGAUGCAGAAGGCACUGUUCGACUUCCUUAAGCACAGAUUUGAUGGCAGGAUAUCUAUCACACGAGUCACGGCAGAUAUAUCGUUAGCCAAGAGGUCUGUUCUCAACAACCCCAGUAAGAGGGCCAUCAUUGAAAGAUCCAAUACUCGCUCCAGCUUAGCUGAGGUGCAAAGUGAGAUUGAGAGGAUCUUUGAGUUGGCCCGCUCCCUGCAGCUGGUGGUGCUGGACGCUGACACCAUCAACCACCCAGCCCAGCUCCUGAAGACCUCGCUGGCCCCCAUAAUUGUUCAUGUUAAAGUCUCCUCGCCAAAGGUUCUGCAGAGGCUAGUCAAGUCCAGAGGGAAGUCCCAGAGCAAACACCUGAAUGUCCAGCUUGUGGCAGCUGACAAAUUGGCCCAGUGUCCUCCAGAAAUGUUUGACAUCAUCCUGGACGAGAACCAGCUGGAGGACGCCUGCGAGCAUCUUGCCGAAUACCUCGAGGCCUACUGGAAAGCAACCCAUACCUCGAUGGCGACGCCCUUGAACCCCCUGCUGGGACGCAACCUGGGUCCCACCACCCUCACCCCCUACCCCACCAGCAUCUCUGGACUGCAGCAGAGCCAAAGAAUGCGACAGAGCAACCACACGGGAGACCACUCCACUCCGAACGAGCGGCGCAACCUGAUGACAUCAGACGAAAACUACCACAACGAGCGGGCGCACAAGGGACGCAACCGCAUGUCUUCUGGUUCGCAGCAGCAGGACCCCUACCAGGACUACCAGGACCCCUAUCAGGAUGCAUACAAGCCACAUCGCAAUCGCAGCUCACCGGGCAGCUACAGCCAUGACUCCCGGCACCGGCUCUGAGCCCGCUCCUGUCAUCACCGGGGCUCAAACGGCCCAGAUUCCAAAACAAACGCUGCGACAGAGCCAAGGCGGUCCCAAAUUGUACCUUUUGGUUUCAGUUUACGUUAAUUUGUUUUGUCUACCUGGCGAUUUUUCUCUUUAAAAGUCCAACAAAAUCAGGUGUUUGUCUGUAAUCAAGCUGCCAGGGCAACCCCCGUCAAUCAACACUAUUGGAGAGGUUCAGGACGCCAACAUUAAUGAAAAUUCCUUUAAUUUAUGUUGCCGGGACCUUUUGGGAUUGUACUAACACAAAGCUCAGCAGACGUGCAGCGCAGAUCGUGCUUGUUGGCUGUGUCAGCAGGCUCAUUAUGGAUAGUGGUCAGAUGGCGACGGUGUAUGGGCUGUGAAGUGCCUGGGACGUGGCACCAGGUCGGAGCACACAGACUGCUGAAGUUCUGCUGACCCAUACUUUGGGCCGUGUAUAAAUCCUCUCACCAUUUAGCUUAUUGCAUGCUGAUAGAUGAUCAACCUCCGCACUCCACUUCAUCGAUAUUUUGUACCAAGCAUUCUUGAUUCUCUUCUAAUGAGGUGUAGAUACGGAGGUCCAAUUUUCUAAAUCACCUGAUUGUGUAGACAGGCGGCAUUAGUUAGGCGGUGGGUUUGCGUUGAGACGAUUAUCUGGCUGCUAGUUUUGAAAACUGGUGCUUCACAUUCCUAAACUAUUUUGCUAUUUGAAAGUCGAUUUGAGCAAGGCCAGCUUUUCUGUAGCAUAGCUCUAGGAUUUCAUUUGACCCUCGCCGUCAUAAGUGGAGCUGAUGGUGGUGGGAUCAGAUCGAAGCGACACUGCGGGAGAAGGAAAUGCUGCUUCUGUUGUUAACAGUUAGCACUUAGAGAGUUAGAGGAUAUAGCUGUGACUGUCAGAUAGUGUAGUGAAAUAGCAAAAUACUACUUGAGAUUUGUUGUUGAGAUGAGCAUAAAAAAACAAUGCUGUGAGAACCUUUUGAGCAGUUUUUUGGCCAGCGUGAACAAUAGGACUGAGAAGAUUUUUAUUUAGUUUGAUCGACCUAAAAGAGCUUUUUUUUUUUUGCAUUUAUAAGCGUUGAAGUCAAGCAAAGGUACAGAUGGUGGUGAAGUCAUCCGAUCGGUUCAUGGCGGUUGAAGUUCCUUCCUGUGGUUUUAGGGAUUAAAGCAUUAAAAAUGUGACAUGGCAGGAUCGGUUGCAUCAUGUUCAUCCUCUGUGUAGCUGGCAUGUUGUCCUGACUGCAGAGCAUGUUCCCUCCAAACAGUAAAUAGAACCCUACUGUAAUCAAGUUGAUGUUUGUAGACGUAAAGGGCACAUCUCUCAAAAAAAAGAAGUAAAAAAGAUGUCUGAAAUUACAGAUAUAUGAUUUCACUGGAUCCCUGCAGUUUGUAAACUCAGUACACUGAAACGGCUAAACUUUAAGUAUUUGUUUAUGUCAUUCUGAAAGUUUUCAAGAGUUUGAUAUAUAAUACUGUUUCUAUUAAUUCAAAAUAAUGUCGGAAAGUAGAAAGUGAGCUGAAACAACAGCCUUUACAAAAAGGUUAAUUAAUGAUAACAUGGACAAGAGUUUACCGAGCCAACAUGGUACUUUGUAUGGAAGCAAAAUGCUGCUUUAAUAAUGUUUUUAGGCUUAUUAUUAUCGUAAUCCACUGUAUAUAUAUUAUUCUUUUAAGAUACCAAAUCAUCUUGUGAUUACAACUUCAUUAUCUCAUCUCCAGAUAACAAACAGUUCUGUAGAGAACAAUAUAAGACACAUAAUUUCAGCAUAAUUUCAGCUAGUUUGCACACAAAUGGAGAAACAUAUGUGAUGGUAAACAAAAUGUCACACAUUAACAUAUAUUAAAAAAUAAAUUUGCCGUCACGCUGCAUUACGUGGAAGGUUAAUCAUGCAAGAGUAACAUUUUCAUUACACACAACAAAAUUACAUUACUUUUUCCAAAGGAUAAUUUUUACUAAUGAGGCCGUGAAAAGGUGAUUGUGAAAUUCCAUGACUUUUCCAGGU